CUUUCGCUAUAAAUGAAUUUGUUAUCUAUUUCAAUAGAACUGGUAUUACAUGUAGCUUUCAACUUACAUCAAAGUUAUUGUACCCAAGGUUACAAUCCAUUUAUACCUACCUACAUAUCAAAGAGCCAUUGAAAACACCACCUUUGUCAAUUAUGUCUACAAUGCAACUACAAUCAAAGAGUACACUUCGGUUAUUGAAUACCAUCAUUGACAGGUACUAUACUUUUGCAAUCACAUAACUAUAGACAACCCAAACUACGGAACAAUCCUUUCAAGUACGAAAAUAGCUACCGAGUAUUCUCAAAGCCAUUGUUCGUACGGACUCAAAAAUUAAUCAAUAGAUGUUAGUACCUACUCAGUAUAAAGUCUACCCAAGGGAACCGUGAUAGAGAUGAUACCUAGAAAGCAGAUCAGAAGACCUCAGCUCACAAUCUAUCUAAUUCGGCCGGACUCGAUAUUAGUCAAGUGAAUAUCAACAGAAUCUACCUCAGCUACUAAAUCAAUUAUCAACUCGACAACAUGCCCGCAGCACCAAUGACUUCUGCCGCUAGGCUGAUUUCAAACCCUAACUUCAAGAGUGGCUGGGGAGCAGUCCUCACUCCAAAGACUAAUGAGGUAAUCCGCAGUGUGAAGAAGGAAGCCGACGGAAUGUAUCGAUUACAAACCGCAAGAGAUCGACCUAUUUCCGCGACUUCCAUAUACACCGCGUUAUUCUGGGAGGCACGCAAUUUUAGAAAACCAUCUAUAGUCUUUACGCCCGCGGUUGAUGACGAACUCCAACUUUUCUCAGAGGAAGGUAAGGGUUUUGAUAAGGCUCGAAAGGAAAUUCGCAGAAUGGCAUCUGACAACAUCAACGAUGCUAGCUUUCACCCGCUAUUUAAAUCUAUGCGUAACUGUCGCUUCACGCUAUGGCCUAUUCACCUACCGGUACAGGACGUCUGGGUGACUGUCAUCUUGCAGAUUGGGGGAAUCUCCACGAACUUCCAAGAAUCUCCUAAUCGUUUCGACCGAGAAGUGGUUGCAUGUGCUAUUGUCGACCCUUUACCCAAUGACCGUGAUGAUCGAAGACACUUUGUCAAGGAAAGAUUGGCAGAAAUCCUAGAAGAUGGUUGCAUCUAUUUACCUGACAACGCUAUGGUUGAAAGCUUUACGACAGAAGACGUGCACGAAGCAUGGGCAACAGGACAUGUGGCUUACGCUGUAUGCCGAGAAUUCAUUCGCCGACUGAGGGUUCUCAAUUACCAAGAGGAUUGUGGCCAUGCUGUGAACACUGGCCUACUCUGGACUGGACUUGAGGAGCACCAUGACAUAGACUCCUACCGAGAAUCAAUGAUGGCUGCCUGUGCGCAUCGUACGAUUCGAAACUCUGGAUAUCAUGUACGAAUGGCACUCGAGGUUCCUAGUGAGAAGUCAAACUACAAUCCCGAUGGUUUAAAUCCUUUCUUCGAAGACCAACAGGAUGAGUGGUUUACAAAAUCCAAGGCAAAGGCAAAGGCAACCGGCAAGGCACGGGCCAAAGCUUCCCAGAAAAAUGAGAUUAUCGUGGCGCAGGCCUUAACUCCUGCAUCAGAGCAUGGGUCAGACGUGUCGCAACUAAAUGACUUGGAAUCGGAUGGGCAUGACUCGGACCAAGAUGCGGAUGCAGACCCAGUACCCGAAAGUGAUGUAUACACCCCUACGAAACCUACAUUCGAUGGCCAUGACAAGCCUGUGGAAAGUCCAGUCCUCGAAAGCAUCGAGGCUGAAGAAUCUCAUGCCCACGAAGCAGUCGGAACCGACAGUAAUCAAGGUCUCCAAGAACUGGGAAACACUUUCCCAAGCCUUAGCAUCCCAGAACUCUCAAGAGAAGCAACUCCGGUUCCAGUUGCUGAAAUGCAAGCUACCCCUGAAGAAGCAGAACCUGGCUUCUCAACCCCGACAAAGCGCAAACUGGAUGAAGUAGAUGACGUAGAUGACGGAGAGCAGCCACCAGCAAAGAGAGCGAAAAUCGAGGAUGCUGAAUAGAUAGAUAUAGGGACGAGUUUUUGUUUUUGAUGCUCUACCUCGGAGUAAUGUUUCAAUGCUAAGCUAGACUAUCUACCUAGAUAGAUAUCCGGCACGUACCUGUUAUAUUGUUUGUAUGCCGAGUUUACAGGCAUGUUUAUGCGGAACCUAGAUAUGUAAAAAAAGAAACUAUUUAAUGC